UAUGUUAGCCAGCCGAAACUCUUCAGCUAACAUGUCCGUAAAAUAGUCCGCACGAAGUCAAGAGUACGGAGAGUUUUUAGUGGUUUAGUUCGUGAACUUUUCUCUGUCCGAAGAUGUUUUCGUCUGCCUGGAAUUUUGUUAAACGCCACAAAAGGAAAUUUAUUUUCGCCGGAGCUGUAGUUGGAGGUGUGUACUUCCUGGGUAAAUAUGCCCAGAAGAAGAUCAGGGAGCUCCAGGAGAAGGAGGCGACGGAGUACAUCGCUCAGGCAAGAAGGCAGUUCCACUUUGAAAGCAACCAGAGGACGUGCAACAUGACAGUGCUGUCCAUGCUCCCUCCACUGAAAGAAGCCAUCGUCAAUCAACUGAACUCAGAGAGUCUCACUGCACUACUCAAGACCAAACCAGCCAAUAAACUGGAGAUCUGGGAAGAUUUAAAGAUCAUCAGUUUCACUCGCACCAUCGUUGCCGUGUACAGCACCUGCAUGCUGGUGGUUUUGCUGAGAGUCCAGCUGAACAUCAUCGGAGGAUAUCUGUACCUGGACAACUCUGUAGGAAAGAACGGAACGACUGCUCUCGCUCCCCCGGACGUCCAGCAGCAGUACCUGUCCAGUAUCCAGCAUCUGUUAGGAGAUGGUUUGGCAGAGCUGAUGACGCUGGUGAAGAAAGCCGUGCAGAACUCACUGGGAGGCCUGUCUCUGAAGCAGAGUCUGUCCCUGCUGGAGCUGGAGCAGCAGCUGAGCUGGAUCAGGGCGGAGGUGGAGGCCGGCUCGCAGCGCUCGCUCUCCUGGUUCAUGCUCGCCGACGACGAGAACGCGCUCGCCGACCAGGCGUGUGGGCUGACGGAGAACGACCGCAUGACCAUCAGACUGCUGAACGAGACCAGAGACAUGUUGGACAGUCCAGACUUCACCACUGUCCUGAACGCCUGUCUGAACCGCGGUUUCUCCCGUCUCCUUGACAACCUGGCCGAGUUCUUCCGCCCGCCUCCUGGAGACUCCGCCCCCAGCUGUGCACCUGACAGUCUGUCUGCGGUCAGUCUGCCGCUGGCGAAGAUCAUCCCCAUCAUCAACGGUCAGAUCAACACCAUCUGCAGUGAAACUCCGAGUCACUUUGUUCAGGAUCUGCUGCUCAACGACCAGGUGAAGGAGUUUGCAGCCAACGUCUACGAGACCUUCAGCGCGCCGCAGGAGCUGCAGAAAUAACCGAGAAGAAGAAGAAGAAGAAAUGAAGAAGAAGAGCGGGGUGAGAAACAAACAAUAAAAGCCUUGGACGCUUCACCCCUCCCUCCUCUCUGUGAGACUGUUCGCUCUGCGCCGGUGGAAAACGUCCACGACAAAAACAUUCCCAGGAGCGCCUGUGUCCCGUCUGCGAGCGGCGGCCAUGAUGGAUUACGGAGGCGGUGGAGGAGGGAGAGAGACCUGCACCAGGUUCACAGUCACAGCAGAGUCUGCCACGAUGAACCCUGGAGACCACCGCAUCAGGGGAACCGGAGUCCUGUAAUGUCGUUUUAAAUUCACCCCGAGAGGCGGGAAAAUGCUGAAACUGUCAAAGUGCGGUGACGGAUCAGAGGCUGACGACAACAUGAGUUUAAUUAGUUCCAGGUUUUAGGACUUUCCUCUUUUCUAUCAGCAGUGGUGAGUGUUUUCAUGUCUGUUCUCUGCGUGGCUCCUCAUCAGAAGGUUUGCACU